GUUUUGACAUUCGCCAUUGGAAUACAGUUACUGGCAUUGGUGAACCGCAAAGUGAUACUGUUUAUCAUACAACAAAUUGUCAGCUAGAAUGACAGCAUUAUUCGCUGAUAAAUGUGCCGUAAUUUUCACGUAUUUUUGUGCAGUCUUUUUCGCAAACGGACACGCUCAAGACAUAACUUUUAACUACCAAUUGAACGAUGUAGUCAAAAGUACAUGCAAUGAGAAUCAGUUCACGUGUCAAAACGGUGACUGCAUCCCGAGCGAAUUGUUGUGCGAUGGAAGGGCCGACUGUUCGGAUCAGAGCGACGAAACUCAAUUCGAAUGUACAAAGCCGGAGUUGACUUGUCCCGAUUACGCAUUUCGUUGCAAUUAUGGUGCCUGCGUGAACGGAGAUGCGACCUGCAACGGGAUCAAAGAUUGCCUGGACAACAGCGACGAAACCCUCGCGAGAUGUCCGGGUAUCUCCGCCGCCGAUGUCGAAUUUAACAUUUGUGGUCCCGACGACUCCCGGUGCAAAAAUGGGCAGUGCAUAAACGCAACAUCUCUAUGCGACGGCGCGAUCGACUGCGCGGACGGAUCAGACGAAACGUUCGAUAGUUGUGGAUCAUUUCCAUGCAGUCAAAUCGUCUUUCGCUGUAACUACGGCGCCUGUAUCGAUGGCGAUCUGUCUUGUAACGGGGUCAGUAAUUGCGCCGAUGGAUCCGACGAAGAUCCUCUGCUUUGCGAUAGAUCAGGUCCAGGUCCGGUAACGGAAAGACCGAGACCUACACCGAGGCCGACGCCAAGACCAAGACCAACACCUCCUACCCCAACGCCAACGCCGUCGGUUCCUCCGAUCUCAAGAGCCCCGAGUUGUCUGGUGCCACCUCAGCCACCGAACGGGCACUGGAAACUGCAUCCCUUGCUUUGCAAAGGCGGCGUGGAAUGCGAAGUUCCUCAGGGUGUUGAGCUUGAACCGGGAACUCCGCUCGUUUACACUUGUGCACGUGGUUACAAGGCCAGAGGAAACACCGACGUUUGGUGCGGACGCAUAGGAGGAAACUGGUCACCCAUCCCCGUCUGCAUCGAGAUAAGAUGUCCCCCUUUGAAUUCCGUGUCGACUACGUCGUCCUGCACGUUAUUCGGGGAAUACACGAGCUGCGAUUCCCCCGUGCUUCCGAAAACUAGAGCUGAGGUAUCUUGCCGCAACGGUUACAGGAAGGAUACGACAUCAACGACUCGGAGGGAGGUUGUGGAGUGCAGCGCUAACGGGAGGUGGGAGCCGGAUCCUAUCAAAUGUGUGGCAGUUUGCGGAGUACCGAUAUCACAUCAGACAACACUAGUUUACAAUGGAAUGACGGCCAACGUCGGGGAUUUCCCGUGGCACGCGACGCUUUACGUCCAGCGAAAUACAGGGCGGGGACCGAAGAAGGAAUUCCAAUGCGGUGGAACCGUGAUUCAAACUAAUCUAAUACUAACUGCUGCCCAUUGUGUCUAUAACGAGAACACAAGGACCAAUGAAAAGCCGGCAAACCUAUUUGUGGCUACGGGAAACACCUUCCGAGAUUACGAUUCUCCGUUACACAAUCCACAGAUUGUCAGGAAGGCCGCGGUAAAAAAUGUCUACACUUACUGUAAAUAUUACGGGUUGACCGGAAACUACGCAUCGGACAUCGCAUUACUGGAAUUGGCAGAGCCUCUCGAAUUAUCUAGCAUUCUUCGACCCGCUUGUUUGGACGUUUCGGGUUUUAGCGAGCAGGUCCUAGAGCCAGGUGCUAUUGGAAAAGUCGCAGGAUUCGGAAGAACAGCCGGAGGUCCUUCGAGCGCGGUCCUGCAGACCCUGACUCUACCCUACAUAUCGUUCAGCCAAUGCAAGAGUGCAAACACCGCAGCGGGGAACGAAGUUUACAUAAGUAACGACAAAUUUUGCGCAGGUUACAGCAACGGAUCUGCCGUUUGCGAAGGGGACAGUGGCGGUGGAUUGGUUUUCAAAAAAGGGGAACUUUGGUACGUAAUGGGAAUAGUCAGCGUGGGACUGGGUGUGAACACGACGAACGGGGAGAGAACAUGCGACAGAUUUGCCUAUUCGCUUUACACAAAAGUUUCGACUUACAUGGCAUGGAUCCAGGACGUCAUGUUCCAAUUAGAGCGACAUCGGUCCUACCCAGCCUGCAGUAACGUCGUGUAAUGUGUCAUAGAAUUAUUGUUGUGUCUCACAUUUGUUGGAUAAUAAUUCCGCGUGAUAAAUAGGCUCUGAUUUUACCCUAACUAAUAAGGUCAUUUAAAAAAAUUUGGCGGCAGUGCUGCGAUAUACUAAAUUACGGGAAUUAAGACACUCAUUGUCAGUGCGUUGUACGAGAAAUGCGGUAAAUUUUAUGCUUAAUCCUUCAAUGGGAAUCCUGCAACUAAAUAUGGGAAGUCUACUUAUUGUUAGAUCCUCUGACUUUCGUAUUUCACACGAAGUCAAGUACAAAUAGGGUCCUAUUUGUUAAUUUUAAACCUCGUAGAAAUUACAAAAAUAAAACUAUAAAUUUGACAAUAAAUGUAUGACGAAUAAACAUCAUCGAUUCAACUACAA